AUGUAUGGGGCGUGGGCCUUCAUCUCCUACACCCCCAUCGACGAGUUCUUGUGCGCCAUUCCGGGCGAGGUAAACAUCUCCAAUGGAUGGACGGUCGGAUGCGGGAACUGCUCGGACACGCUGAUGUUGUGUGACAAAUCGGACUGCUGGAGACAUGCCUUCAACCUCACCUGGCAGUUGGACGCAGCGACGCCAAAUGGCGCCUUCUACGGGGACUUCCAAGAGGCGGCUCUGGAUUCGACCUGCAACUCCCUUGUUCUUACAGCCGACUCGCCAGCUUCCAUGUUGACGAGCAUCGAAGAUAGGAGGGCGAACCCCUCAAGGCCACAAGUUGGCCAAGCCUGCGUCUCUUGGAGUUGCAGAGUCUUGGUGCGGGCCACGAUGAGAAGUCUCGGUACACAUCUGACAGGUCCCGGCAUUUGCACCAAUGAUGCCCCAAGCGUCAAAGAACCUUGGUUCGCCACGGAGUGCAGCUGUGACGACAUGCUCAUCACCAUGGCGCAGGCGACAUCCUUUCGAUCGCUCUGUGGCGCCAUGUCGACAGGUUUGAGAUCGGCUGUCUUUGAGCGGCACCUGUCCAAGAAGGACCAGUGCUACCAAGGCAACAUGGCGGCAUCUGCUGCAAUCAACCCGAUUGAGUACAGCGAGUUUGCGAAUGACAUCAACUGUGAGUCGCUCUUCGAAAACACUGGAUCAACACUGGCAUGGUUUAGUGCCAAGAACUACUUGUUGGCCAAUCUGCCUGACCCGACCAGUUACCCGAUUGCGCCCUACUGUAGAAAAGUCAUGUGCUUUGCAUUCGUCGACACACUCGCGAAUGCAGAGUGCAACUUCACCACGAAUGCUCAGUUGACGGAUGUUUUGACAGCGACGUUGAUUUCUGAGAUUGCAACCGAAUGCCAGGCGGAGAAUCUAGCACUCACGCCGCUGUCGAUGUGCGCUCUGAGUUCCUUCAAUGAGUCCUCUUAUUGUGAAGCACAGUUCCCGGGCCGCAGGUUGGACGAUGAGAUCUCCGAGUCUCCUUGGAGCUUCUUGCAAGGCGUCGAGCCUUUCUCCAAGGCGUUGCGGCCAAACAUCUCCAGCGACGCUGCUGUUAGCAAGGAGACUCGGCCGAAGCCGAAGCCGAAGGUGCAACCUGGGAACGCUACUCGGAAGGAGGCCGUGGUGGAAUUCGAUGGCAUGGAGGCUCUGGCCUUUGUCGAGGACUUCGCAGACUGUGGAGGCCUUGAUAGCUCAUGCAGCUCCGAUCGAAGGCUGCAGGUGACACCUGCGCCUGCAACAACAGGCGCCCUCCAGGAAUACACUGUCACUCCGUGGUCAAGCUGUAUAUGCUAUAUGCAGUGUGUGCCUGGAGUAAUGACGAGAAGCGUCUCGUGUCCGGCGGGCGUUACAUGUCAGGAGCCGAAGCCUUCGUCAGCACAGUCUUGCGUUUGCAAGCACUGCUCGGACUGCGACGUGCUUGUCUUUGUCCUCGCAACUGCUGCGGCAUACUGUGCGACGGGCCUGGUCGCGUUUCUGCUUUGGUUGGGGUUCGUCAUGGUCGCCCAACUGGAAGAGGAUGAUUACACGGAGAUGUCCUGCGGCCUGAAAUGUUUAGGCUGCUUCUGCAAGUUCCUUCCCAUCGUGACAAAGAUCAUGACUUAUGCAACAAUGCUUCUCAUUAUCGUGCUCGUAGUGACGGCACUGGUGCCAAUUGGUGAGCUUUACUCCGAUUGCAAGGGCAGCACGUCCUUCACCCAAUUAGCCAUCGGUGGCAUUGUGGUUUGGGUGGUGCAGCUCAUCGUCGGCGUGUACAUGCACCGCAACAAGCCCAUGCCACCGUGGCUGCACACUGCGCAGUCAUCUGGCGCACUGAAGCUCAUUUGCAAGCCACUGAAUGCAGUGGGACCGUGA